GUUUACUCCGCGCGCGUGUGUCCCACAGCUCUGUGGGAAGUUGUUUCUGUCUCACCUCUGGGUGACACUCCGGUGUUGUCGGUAAACUGUCGCCAGGACCUGGCGUGGUGAACAGAAACCGGUCGGUAAGCACUUGAAUUCGUGUGUUGUAGUUCCACUGCAGGUCUCACCAGUUUUUCUGGUCUGUGAAAACCACCUGCUCAACAGCAGCUCUCUCCCAGCAGCAAACAGACUUGCCCUCUGACCUCUCAAUCAUACUUCCCCUCGACUCAGGGGAGGUGAAGUCAUGUUCAGACUCCUCAGUCACCACAGUAAGAGGACAUGGGGCUGCCUCGCAGGCCAGCGCCGCUAUGAGCACCACACUGCCAUCAUGGCCAUCCGCCGUGAGGACAUCAACCCCUGGGAGAGGAGGGCGCCGCUGGCCCCACGACAUGUUAAAGAGCUCACCAAUGCAGGCGUCAAGGUUCUGGUCCAGCCAUCCAACCGUAGAUCGAUCCACGAGAAGUACUACGAGAGGGCCGGGGCCGUCAUCCAGGAGGACCUCUCGGAGGCGUCUCUGAUAAUCGGGGUGAAGAGGCCGCCGGAGGAGAAGGUCAUUCCCAGGAAGACGUACGCUUUCUUCUCCCACACCAUCAAAGCUCAGGAGGCCAACAUGGGGCUCCUGGAGGACCUGCUGAAGAAGGAGGUUCGUCUGAUCGACUACGAGAAGAUGGUCGAUGCUAAUGGCUUCCGGAUUGUUGCGUUUGGUCAGUGGGCCGGUCUCGCAGGAAUGAUUAACAUCUUGCAUGGGUUGGGGCUGCGCUUCCUGGCUCUCGGGCACCACACUCCCUUCAUGCACAUCGGCAUGGCUCACAACUACAGGAACGUCAGCCAGGCCAUCCAGGCAGUGAGGGAUUGUGGGUAUGAGAUUUCCACGGGGCUCAUGCCCAAAUCUAUCGGUCCAGUGACAUUUUGUUUCACCGGCACGGGCAACGUCUCCAAGGGAGCCCAAGACAUCCUGAACGAGCUUCCUGUUGAAUACGUUGAACCUCACGAGUUAAAGGAGGUCUCUCAAACAGGAGAUAUGACCAAAGUCUACGCCACCGUCCUGAGCCGACAUCACCACCUGGUGAGGAAGAGCGACGGCUUUUAUGACCCCAUGGAGUACGAGGACCACCCGGAACUUUACACCUCACACUUCAGGACCAGCGUGGCGCCCUACACAACCUGUCUGAUCAACGGUAUCUACUGGGCCCCCCAAACCCCCCGACUCCUCAGACGACUGGACGCCCAGAGGCUGAUCAGACCGCUCAAGGGCUCGCCUGAAGCCACAGAGGGAUCACCAGGGCUGCCUCACAAACUACUGGCCAUCUGUGACAUAUCUGCCGACACCGGAGGCUCCAUAGAGUUCAUGACCGAGUGCACCACCAUCGACAAGCCUUUCUGCAUGUACGACGCUGACCAGCACAUAGAUCACAACAGUGUGGAGGGAAAUGGGAUCCUCAUGUGCUCCAUCGACAACCUUCCUGCUCAGCUCCCCAUCGGAGCCACAGAGUACUUUGGAGACCGACUCUUCCCCUACAUCUGGGAGAUGCUGCCUUCAGACGCCACCAGACCGCUGGAUGAAGAGGACUUUAGCCCGCAAGUCAGAGACGCUAUAAUCACCUCAAACGGAGUCCUCACCCCAAAGUUUGAAUACAUUCAAAAGCUUCGAGAAACAAGGGAGAAGGCUCAGAUCCUGAAGGAGAGCGGGAUGAAGCGUGUUCUGCUGCUGGGUUCAGGAUACGUCUCCGGACCUGUGGUUGAGUAUCUGACUCGCGAUGAGAGGACCCAGGUCACUGUUGCGUCGAUGCUGCUGAAGCAGGCAGAGGAGCUGGCAGCCAAAUAUCCCAACACCAUCCCCAUCAUGCUGGACGCUGGCAGCCAGGAAGGACACCUGGACUCCCUGGUCAAAGAUCAUGACUUAGUCAUCAGCAUGCUGCCGUACUCGCUUCACCCGCUCAUCGCCAAACACUGCAUCAAGAGGAAGGUCAACAUGGUGACAGCGAGCUACCUGAGUCCUGCCAUGAAGGAGCUGCAGAGCAGUGCAGAAGAGGCGGGCAUCACCAUAGUGAAUGAGAUGGGACUGGACCCGGGUAUCGAUCACAUGCUGGCCAUGGAGUGUAUCGACAAGGCCAAAGCUGACGGCUGCACCGUGGAGUCCUACAGCUCGUUCUGUGGAGGUCUUCCUGCUCCAGAGUGUUCAGACAAUCCUCUUCGCUACAAGUUCAGCUGGAGUCCGUAUGGCGUCCUCUUAAACACCAUCAGCCCCGCCAUCUUCCUCAGAGACAACGAGGUGGUGAACAUCCCGGCUGGCGGCGCUCUGAUGGAGUCUACCACGCCGAUGGAUUUCCUUCCUGGUUUCAACCUGGAGGGAUUUCCAAACCGCGACAGCACCAAGUACGCCAAGCCUUACGGCAUCCAGUCUGCACACACACUGAUCAGAGGAACGCUGCGCUUCAGGGGUUUCUCCAAGGCCAUGAGUGGGUUUGUCAAACUGGGUCUAAUAAACAGUGAGCCAUGUCCCAUCCUGCAGCAUACUUCGUCUCCUGUCUCCUGGAGAGACCUCCUCUGUAAGCAGAUGGAUUUGUCCUCCUCCAUUUCCCAAGAUGCCUUUGAAGAAGCCGUGUAUGAGCGCAUCGGAAAGGACGACUUUGUGAUGGACGCCCUGAGAUGGUUUGGGAUGCUGAGUGACGACGAGUUGGUGCUUCACGCCGACAACGUGCUGGCUGCUCUGACAAAACAUCUGGAAGUCAAACUCUCGUUUGAUAAGGGCGAGCGAGACAUGAUCAUCAUGAGGAACGAUGUUGGGCUUCGCCACCCAACUGGCGAGCUGGAGACCAAACACAUCAGCCUGGUGGUUUACGGUGACCCCAGCGGCUUCUCCGCCAUGGCCAAAACUGUAGGAUACCCAGCAGCUAUUGCAGCUCGCAUGGUCCUUGAUGGUGAAAUCACUGCAAAGGGAUUAGUGGCUCCGAUGACGAAGGAUAUCUACGGGCCAGCUCUGGCCAGACUGAAGGAGGAAGGACUUCAAUUCAUAUCUAAGAGCACCGUGCUGGAGUAAAGCCUGGCCUUCAAAGAGAGCAGAUCAGUAAUCACUGUAAAUACAGAGAAACUUUAUGACAACCACGUUGUCAGCUGCCUUUUCACCAGCUUUAUCCAAACUGGAUUUUCCGACAGACUCAGACUCAACUGUCUAGUGAUGUUUAAAAAUCUAUUUUAAUCUUACUGGCCAGAGGCUGAUAGAAUAAAUAUUAGUUAUGUCUUUUUUUCCCUUCAAAUAAAUAUGUAAAAGGUUAAAAAGGGGGAAAAAGUUUGAAAGCAGGAAAAAAGCCAAACGUUGUUUUUAUUGUGUUGAAAUGAAAUUUAGAACAAUUUGAUGAUGCUUUAAAUUUGUUUUAGGUCAAAAAACUGAAGAGGCAGCUGGUGAUUAUAUUAAGUAAUCUGUAUCUGAUAUAAGCAUCUGAGUUUGGUUAAAUGCGCCAAUCUGUGCCAAACUGAAAUAGUUACAGUUUAGUUUCAGAGAAAAGUUCUUCUGUGAAGCUGUGUCCACUAAUCCAACAGUAUUUAUGGCAUUAAAAAUUUAAAGCACACAUGUAGUCACAUAAAUCAAGUUUAACUAUUGUAGAAAUCAGGUCCAACUGUUCAAACUGUGAUGGAUGUUUUGACUAUCCACUGUAAAACUAGUUUACACUUGGGUAUUAUGAAGUAACCUGAACCUGAACCUGAGACUAUUCCUGGAGACUCGAUGGUUAAUUCUGACAUCUAACAUAAAAACCAAUGAAGCACUCAUCGCAAGCGUUAAGCGGUUUAGAAACAAAAUGAAACGUUAAAUAUUUUUUACAUUUUAAGUACAAUACAGUAACAUAAAAACACUGUUGAAAACUGUUUUUGAUCAGUUUGUUGACAGUUUUCAGACCAGGCGUACAGGAACGCCUCUCAGCCUUGCUUCCAAUUUUUUCUUGUGUCCACCAUAUAACAGUGAGAAAAUCACCUGUGGCCCAAAAAGCAUUUCUCCCCUAGGCCACCAUUAUAAAAGAGACAUCUCUUAAAAUAGACAUGACACCGCAAACUGCAAACAAGGUCAAUUUUGUCUCUCGAAUUUUUGAUCCAUACAGAUUUUAUGUUUGUAAAACUUUCCUCAAGUUGAGAAAAGAGAUUAAAAAAUCUGUGUAGGGCCGGACCAGCAGAGGAAACACUACUGCGUGUAUUCAGGGGGCUGCAUAUUGUGAAAGUAAACCUGGAAGGUAGAAACUUUUGGGGUAUACGCCAGGCGAGCGUUUCUCACUGGACUGAAUACGCGCCAUCUUGGGGUCUAGUACCUAGAUAAUAUAACACAUCCACAUGACAGACGGCUAAGGGCUUGUUUAUACUCCCUUUACGUACGAAAAAAGAUGCAUCUGUUUCAAACGAUGUAAAUGUCACUGCCCCCUCCCUUUAAUUCCAUUGGUCAUUUAUGAUGGAACAGAUACAGCCAAUAGAGGGCACCAAAGGGCGGAGUCAAAAGUUUUUAUCAGAACAUUUGUUUUGUAGAUUGUAGCUGGUUAGAAAUAGAGAUGCACUGAUUUAUUGGCUGCCCAUCGUUAUCGGACGAUAUUCGCCUUGUUGACUGCCAUCGGUCUAUCUGCAAAUAAGAUGGCAUUCACCGAUAGCAGUGGCCGAUGUUUUUCUGUUGUGUCACAUCAAUUUUGCGCAGGCUAAAAUGCAUUGCUCGAAACUACUGGCAUUCUCUUGUCCCUGGGACAAUAGAGAAUGUAUUUGGGAUGAACAGAGAUCUUCCCCAGGACGCCGUUGGGUCGAAACGGCGCCGUAAACUCAUUAUCGACACGUGAGGGAACUCACCCUAUUUUUUUCCUGAUAAUACCAGUUGUAAAGAACAAAUAUGUGUUUUCAUCGGCAGGAGGGGGAGAGCUAGUUAACGUUAGCUGUUAGCAGUCGUUGACUGUAACUAACUGCUCUGGUUGAUUUUCCUGACGUGUUUGAUUACAUCAUGAUGCGUUCAAGGUCUGUUUGGUAAAAAUGAGUAUUUGGCAACGGUAAAUUAGAACGCUCUCAUGAUGUGCUCAAAUUUAAUCUUGCAAAAUGUAGUUUUUUGCGAGAAAGUUGAAUAAAUAUACACUUGUUCGAAGGAGAAAUUUGUUUAUAAAAUAGAUAUCAGAGAGGAAAUUAUGAUAUAUUAUGUAUACUAUACGUAAUAAAAUCUUUUAAUUACUGCUUCAAAAGUCUUUGUACUGGUACAAAGACUUUUGAAGCAGUAAUUAAAAGAUUAAAGAAGGUAAUGUUAAAGGUUGUUUCAUAACUGUGAAUGAUUGAAUUUGUGCACAAAAGGGGGAAUUAAUAACGACAAAAACAAAAUAAACCACAAAAACAAAAUAAACCACAAAAACAAAAAAGCAUCGGCUAUCGACCAAAUUGUUAUUUUAAACAUCGGUAUCGGCCCAGAUUUUCACAAUCAGUGCAUCCCUAGUUAGAAAUCAACAUAGUUGCUGAACCUUUCCUAGUUUAAACUCUUAACUUUUUCCUCCAUCACCUGAAACGGCAUCUGAUUUCUGUAUUAAAUAAAAAUCCAACAGCUCAAAACUGCACUGAUCUUCAAGCUGUGAUAACUUCGAACAAGAAAGACCUCAACCUUGUUACACACCUAACUCACUAUUUCUUCAAACACAUCAGGAAAAUCAACCAGAGCAAAAGUCCAACAACAAAAGUUGCCUCAGAGUGAACACUAACGAACCAGAGAGCAGCUGCAAAUGAUUUUCAACUGGUUUGUAUAGGAUCACGAGUUAAUAAUUUUAUUUGGUUUGUCAGCAUUUUUUUUGUGUGGUGCUUUUGUGUUUUACAGUAUGUGUGCAAUGUCAUGACAUCACAAUCUCAAUAUCCCAAAAAUACUACAAUAAUAAUAAAACUUUUUUUUGUGAUGCCUUUAACGUUAAAAUUAACAACUCAAAGUGCAGAAGUUUAAACAAGAAACUCUGAAUUUUGAGUGUGCUUUCUAUAAACGUCAAGUCAAGUUUAUUUAUAUAGCACAUUUCAUGCGACAAGCGCAGACUCAAUGUGCUUAAAAACAGAAACAACGUGUCUGUUUUAAAAUUAUUUUUGAAAAGUUACUUUUUUUCCCCUUAAAACACUAAACCUAUCUUGGUAUAGAUUUUAACUACCUUUGGGUAAUAUCAAAAAAAGAGUCCGAAAACUAUGAAAGUGAUAUCUAUAGAAUAUAAUUUAAUUUUUCUCAUGAUCUUGAUUUGUUAACUGAAACAUAAUCGCUAACAAUGGCGUCCAGCCUCUGUGGAGCUCAGACGUGGAACUCUUUUUUCAAGGUGUUGUAAAGACUGAAUUCUGUAUUUGUGGAGCCUGUGUCAAGUUUGUCAGACUAUUUAUUGUCUGACACCUGAGCAAUAUUUAAUUUAUCAUUUAAGAGGGAUGUGGUCACCUUAUAAAUGGUUUGUUACAUGCUUUAAAUGGGUAAACAAUUAAUACCCAGAAAGAGAGUUAUUUAAUAUGUACCUGAGAUAUAUUUUUAAAAUAAAAUAUCCAUAUGUGUACCUGACAUGUACUUUAUAUGUGGGCCUUCGUAGGGUUUUAAACAGAAGAGUGUUCGUGUGAUGUUUUUGGUAGAUUUGUAGGUUUGGAUUGGAAUGACAAAUUUUGUCAGCAACACAGAACGGCACUAACUCAUCAGUGAUCUCUAACGGUUUUAUUUUAGUUGUUUUAAUGUUUCAGUUCAAGCAUUUGUUUGUAAAAGCUUGUUUUGAUAGAACGUUUUUUGCUUUAUAAAAAUGUAAAAAUGGUUACACGAAUAAAUGUAUUAUGUUACGUUA